GGGAAAGGGGCGUUCAAGGGACCAGGCCUAAGUGGGAGGUACAUGCGGGUUAUGACUCCGCCGGCGCGGGGCAGAAGUUGCGACUCUAGUUGAGCAACUGUGGGUUCGGAGCCGGUGGGGGGGAGAGGCGCGGGGCAUGCCGGAACAUGUAGUCCCGCCCGGGGGUCGCUCUGCCCGGCCCUAGUUUCCUCUCUUCUGUUUAUUGUUUUGGUCUCGGGCUCUGCGCUCCGCCCCCUUCGCUGCGGCCAACCAGCAGGCAGAAGGGAAGGAUUGGCAGUCACUCUGACCAAUCGGCUCGCGGCAACGGCGAGGGGCUGGGUGAGGUCAAUCCGCCAUGUUAGGAUCGCCAUAACCGAGCGGAGGAGUCGAGGGCGCGUCCGGCCACGGAGUAUCCGCGGGCGCCCCACAGGAUGGAGCCCCAGGUAAACCUCAGCGUGAGCUUUAAAGGAGAGACCCAGAGCUUCCUGGUUUCAGAUUCAUCAAACACUACAUGGGCAGAUGUGGAGGCCAUGGUGAAAGUUUCAUUCGACCUGAACAACAUUCAAAUUAAGUAUAUGGAUGAGGAUAAUGAUGAGGUCUCUGUCAAUAGUGAAGAGGAAUAUGAAGAAGCUUUGAAGAUUGCGGCUAAAUUAGGAAACCAACUUCAGAUGAACGUAUAUGAAGAAAAUCUUCCUCCAAAAGAAACAUUAAAUUCCUGUUCAGUGCAAGUGUGUGAAAAUAUGGGGUCAGAAAGAAUGGCCGUGCUAAAGGAUGGAAAGAAACCUCUCUCUCACUAUUCCCUGCUGGCUCGGGCCAUCGGGGAGAACAUGAAGAAGACCACAACACAGGAAACGUUAAAUUCCUGUUCAACGCAAGUAUGUGAAAAAGCAGGGUCAGAAAGAAUGACCAUACUAAAGGAUGGAAAGAAAUCUCUCUCUCACUAUUCCCUGCUGGCUCAGACCAUAGGGGAGGACAUGAAGACCACAACACAGCAAAAGCUAAAUCAAGGUGAGGCAGGAAGGACCAGUAAAAAGCCUCCAGAGUGGUUUACAAGCUACUUGGAAACAUUCAGGGAACAAAUAGUUAAGGAAACUGUUGAGAAACUUGAGCAGAAGCUAAGUGAGAAGCUUGUUCUUCACAACCAGCCCCUGCAUUCCUCCAGCAGCUCUCUUGCUACAGCACAUUCAACUCUGGAGACACAUUCAGCUGAAGGCCACCAGUGUGACUGGCUAAUCUCCUGCAGCCACUGUCAGACCCGAAUUGUAGGGAUCCGCUACCAAUGCAGUUUGUGCCCAGCCUACAAUAUCUGUGAACUGUGUGAAGCAGGGACAUAUUCUCAUGAUCCUAAUCAUGUAUUGUUAAAGUUGCGGAAACCUAUACUCUGUACACCUGAGCAUUACAGCCUUGGCCAGUUCUCCCCUCGGCUCCCUGCUACUCUGGAGCAAGUUAGGCUCCAAAAACAGAUGGACAAAAGAUUUCUAAAGGCAGAAAAGCAGAGAUUAAGAGCAGAGAAAAAACAGCGAAAGGCAGAGGUCCGAGAGCUGAAGAAACAGCUCAAGCUACACAGAAAGAUUCACUUGUGGAACUCAGUACAUGCACUGGAGACACCCAGUUCACCUGCUGUCAAGCCUGAGAGCCUGAAACCCAAUGGUCUCAUGACUCCUGUACAGCCCUGCCCAAUGGUUGUCUCUACUCUGAGUGCAGCAUUUAUUGAUGAGAAUUUGCCAGAUGGGACUCAUCUACAACCUGGAACAAGAUUCAUCAAACACUGGCAGAUGAAGAACACUGGCAGUGUGGAAUGGAGCUUGGACACAAAGCUGAAAUUUAUGUGGGGAAAUUUGACCUUGGCAUCCUCUGAAAAAAAAGACAUGUUGGUGCCAUCUCUUGCAGCAGGGCAAGUGGGGACUGUUUCGGUUGAGUUCAUUGCUCCUGCUCUAGAAGGGACCUACACUUCUCACUGGCGGCUGUCACACAAGGGAGAGCAAUUUGGGCCCAGGAUCUGGUGCAGUAUUGUUGUGGAUUCCUUCCCAGCCACUGCUUGUCUAGAAAGUAAUCAAAAGACUUUUAGUACCAGUCAAAAGGAUAAAGUUUCCUGUAAAAAAGAGGUGGCUUACUCAUCAGAAGCAGAUGCCCAGCAGGCUGUUGAGGUGAUGGAACUGGCAGAUUUACCAGUACCAGCUAUUCCUUUGAAGAUUAAAAAUCCACACAGUGAGAGAGAGUUUUACAUUCCUUCAGUUGAUCUCCUUACUGCUCAGGAUUUGCUGUCUUUUGAACUGUUGGACAUUAACAUUGUGCAGGAACUGGAACGAGUGCCCCACAAUACACCUGUCGACAUGACUCCAUGCAUGUCACCUCUGCCGCAUGAUGGCCCCCUGAUAGAGAAACCUGGGUUGGGUCAGAUAGAGGAGGAAAAUGAAGGGAGUGGAUUUAAACCACUGCUUGAUGCUCACAUGAAACUGAAAGCUGAACAUCCAGUGAACCAGGAGGAGGGGGAGGAAGAUAUGAGUGGGACUCAGUUUGUCUGUGAAACUGUUAUUCGCUCCCUCACACUGGACGCUGCACCUGACCAUCAGCCCCUACAAAGGAAGAAAUCUCUGCAGAACUCUCUGCAAAUGCUACAAGAAGCCUUCAGUUACAGUGUCAAAAAUGAAGAACCUGUUAGGAAAAAAAGUAGUCCCACUUCCAAACCCCAGCAAACAAAGAGCUAUCAGACAGAGGCAAUAGAAGGAAAUGAGUUUGAGAAAUGUGCCAUAUCUGAAGGGUCAGAUAUCAGUGAGGAAACCAAUGAUUGUGAGGAUGAAGAGGAGGAUGUGAAAGAUGAAGUUCAAAGCCAGGGGUCUUCUGCUUCAGAGGAUUAUAUCAUCAUCCUUCCUGAGUGCUUUGAUACCAGUCGUCCACUAGGGGAGUCUAUGUACAGCUCUGCUCUCUCUCAGCCCAGUAUGGAAAAAGCAGUAGAGACUGAUAUGGAGGUUCUGGUUCCUGAAGGUGAAGGCCAGCUACAGGUCCAAAAUAUCAAUGAUAUUUUAACAACUUCACAGACCCUGGACACAGUACCAUUGACUCCAGAAGUGGUCGGCACUGUACCUCAACAGCAAAGGGAUCUAUCCUCUCUUCAGAUUCACAACAUUCAAGAGCCAAGCUUGUCAGCUGCUGAAGAAAUCAUUUCAACUGCUGUUGACCAAAUAAGAGAAGAGCCCAGAACUGAAGAUUUUCUUGAAACGGAGCCUUCAGAAAACAUAAAUAAUAAAUCAAAGUUCCCAGAAUACUCAAGACAUCCCCAGGGAAACAGCAUUGCAGGAGGGCUUGUUAAAGGGGCUUUGUCCGUUGCUGCUUCUGCCUAUAAAGCACUGUUUGCUGGACCACCCAUUGUAGAACAGCAGCCUACAGCUACAGAAGAGCAGACUGCCACUCUCUUAGCCAAUCUGUGUGAGAUGGGAUUCUGUGACAGGCAGCUAAAUCUGAGACUGCUGAAGAAACACAACUAUAACAUGGUGCAAGUAGUAACUGAAUUGCUGCAGAUCAAUAACAGUGACUGGUAUGGCAGCAGAUACUGAAUCUUCAUGGUGGCAGAAGCAGCUGUCCUUGAGCAGACUCUUAUUAAACACCACAGCAGCAGCAGGCUAUUCCUCAGUUUCCUUCUGUUUUGGGGCUGUUUGGGUAGAAGCAUUUAAGUUUUAAUUUGUCAUAUGCUUGUUGAUUCCUUCACUGAAAUCUUAAAUGCAGCACUUGUCACAGCAGUUCUAUGAACCAGACCAGAAUUUUAACUUUACUUUAGACACCAGAUAGGUAGGAGAAAAGUUUUAAAGUCUGAUUUGAUACUAAAUCCCUUUGUACCUGGGAGUCAAGUAGAAUGAUUUUAAAUUUCAGGACAAAUGAGAACUUCCCCUUUUUUAUUGUGUGCAAGAUACUUUUAAACAGGUGGAAGCUUUAUGAUGUUGACCAUAAUGUGAACAAGCAUAGGGAGAGAAGCCAGACAUUGCUGUAAAAUCUCGCCUUAUCUGUUAGACUUGUCCACAGCUAGCAGAAUGUCACUUGUAGUGACAGUUUAAGUAAUUAAUUUUUUUUCUAAUGCAUGAUGGUACUGUAACGAUAGACUAUAUACAUACAUAAAAAGCAUACUAAACACUUCUUUAAAAAAUGUUCACAACAAGACAAACAAUGACAGAUUUUUUUUUUCAAAUGCUGAAACCUAAUGUUAAUUUAAACUUAAUGCAUUAAAAUAAUGCAGUGGAAUGAACUAUGACACUAAUUCACCAGCAGCUCUUGCGUAUUGCUAGUAAUGAUUGUACAAGAUUUAUCUUCAGCAAAAAUACAGCCCAUAUAAAAUAUUGCUAAAAAUGGAAUAUAAGGCUAUACAUACCUUCUUAAGAAUCCUUGGGACUCUCUGCAGAGUGAAGGUUUGACUGUUGUUUUCUCUAAAUUAUUGCAGUGCAAACCUUUUGAUUGUUUGAUAUUAUAGAGAAAACUGGAAUGUGUAAAAGCCUGUACUGGGGUGGAGGAAGGUGAACUCGAGUAAUAAUUGGGAAUGAGGGAGGGAGCAUCAGAGGUGGGAUUUUAGUUAAGUUUGUGUACAAAAAGGCAGUAAACUCCAGGAGCAUCAACUGUUCAGUCUCCCAUCAUGGACCAGGCUAUCAAUAUAUUUCUGGAGAUCUGGCCCACUUUCUUUCGUGGGUGCCAUUUUGGUUUGGAUAGUAUUUGAUACAGCUGGAAAAUUCCUUUUUUAAACACGUAGCAAGGUCAGGGUUUGAUUCCUGUAAUCCUCAAAAAACCAUUAACAUAUACUACUCUGCAGUGGCAUGCCAGCAGAUCAUACCUUGGAACCUGGAUCUGGCAGUAGUGUUGGCUGCAUUAGUUGAGGAGAAAAAUUCACCAAUUGCAGCACAAUUAAAACCACUGAUAAUUAAAAUGUAUUAAAUCCUGAUCACUGCAGGUUCAAAGGUAAGGUGUUGCUAUUUUGACAGGGUUUUGCUAAGUCUGUAUCAGUAUUGUGAUUGAUUAAAUGAUCAUUAACUGUAAAAUAAACUGAAAAAAUCUGUAAUGUAGUCCUUUAAAAGAUGCAUAUUUUCUUCAAUUACUUUAAUGGUAUAAUACAGUUUUGUUUUAAUUUUUUUAUAGAAGUGCAAGACAACAUGCUGUUUAAAUAGGUUUUUUAAUAUUUUACAGAAAAUACUCCUUCCCAGUAUACUUUUCUCUGCGUUGAACCAGAUUUAGAUAAUUCCAUUACUUGGCAAAUUUUAUUUGUCUUAACACUUCUCUAUUACAUACAGCACUUGUCCCAGCCUAUGCAAAACCUGUCCCUAAGCACUGUUGCUUUCACUGACAGAAGAAUAAGGAGGAUGACCUGUAAUAUCUGGCAAACCAUUCUGCCAAGGAGGCAUCUUAUUUGACUAGGAUUGCCCAGCAAGCAGUUCUUCCUGUUUUAUGUACCUUUACACUUUUUAUUUUUCCAUUUGAGCUGCUUCACAUAAUAAAACACUAAAGUAUUUGUAAUAAAUGGAUUUGUUGCAGUUAUAAAUGUCAGUAUUUCAAAGGCUCUUUAGUUUUACCCACAGCCAAAUGCUUGGGUUACUUUUACCAUUACAAAUCUAAGCUCUUCUCUUGUAGCCUGGUGAUUUAUUUUAUAUAUAUAUAUUUUUUUAGGUUAAAAAAAUGCUAAAAUUCAAGGUAUGUUUCUGUUGGCUUUGUAUAUUUUGUUAAUGAAUGCAUGAUAUAUUUAUAAUACUCUCUAGUGCAAAUAAAGUCUCUGUAUAUUAUUUAGAAUAAGCACUUUAAAGUCUUCAAAUGUGAUGGGAAGAAGAGGAGGAAAAUCUCUCAAUCAUAAAAAUAAAAAUGUUUUUUUCUUUUUCCCUUC